GUGUAUAAUAUAGACAAAAAGAGAGGAACGAGCAGGUAGACGCAACGAGUGCAAAGGUGAGAAAGAGAUGGAGAAGUGGUAGCGAGCACGAGAGAAAGAGAGAGGCGAACGACUUAACAAACCGGCAUUCCUUCUACUCCGCUUUUUCAAACGUGUACAAGCCGCCGCGCCGCGCCGCAGCCGCCGCGCGCUGCACAGAGCGACCGGCCGCACUCGCGGUGCAUUCAAGUCCGACGCGAGAGAGCCGUUUACAACACACUCGCGCGCAUUACGCGGCUCGGACAAGCUCAAUGAAGUUGCGAUCGUCACACCGUCCGCCAGCAUCCUCGUGCGAGUAUCGUUGCACAACGCGGACGUGAACACCGGCUACGCCAGAAUGGAAUCCAUAAAGCUGGAAGACGGCGCCGCGGCCGCGGCGGGCAUACGCAUAGCAUGGAGCUUUCGAUUCCCAUCUAUGGGUACUCUGCAGAACCUAGGUACCAACAGCCGACGGCGCAAACGGAAUGGCCUCGCUUCGUCGGACUCGUGUAAGGAUCUUCGGCAGAAGAGACACACGAUACACCUGCAGCCGGAAGUGAUCAUUCAGAAGGAGCCGUGCCUGAUCGUCACUCCGCCGUCACCUGAGGAUCUCGUAGAAGAUAACUCGAGGACGCCGGAGGAAGAUCGCGACGCGAGGGUGGGUCGCCGCAUACAUCCUCCAAGCGAGCAGGAGUCACCCCCGACGAAGGCACGCGAGAACAGUGACAACUUGUCCCCACCGAUGGAGCCACCUGAGGAGUCUACUCGCAAACUGUUGGAAAGAGAAUUGCGCCUUCUCGAUCCUCGGGAUCUACGAUCGCAUGCCUGGUACCAUGGCAGUACGUUGCGCGGUGGACGGAAAGGUGCGGAGACGGAAGUGCCGAAUGAUGGGGACUUUUUGGUGCGUGAUUGCGCCUCCCAACCCGGCAACUACGUUCUAACCGUAAGAUGGAAAGGUCAACCGUUACAUUUCGUCAUCAAUCGAGUCGUAAUUCAACCUGACACGGUUUACGAAAGGGCCCAGUAUCAAUUCGAAGACGAGGCCUUUGACACGGUCGCCGACCUGAUAACCUUCUAUGUUGGUAGUGGUCGACCGAUUAGCCAGGCCAGCGGAGCUCGAAUCAUUACUCCAAAGCCCAGAUCAGUGCCAUUGACAUGCGUCGCAGGGCCCACGAGUAAUCAACAUUGCUCUAGUCCUUCCUCCACCUCUCUAUCGACUGGUUCGCCACCUCGUCUACCAAGGAAGCAACAGCGCAGCCACUCUCUGACAGCUCAGCAUCAUGUACCAGACCAACACGUUGCUCGGGACAACAAUCAACAAACGGGACCACAGUUACUAGUCCAUUCCAGCACUUUACCGCGUGUACCGCCAAUUCAGAAUCAGCCGCCUUCUUGUUCUCUCUCGUUGGGUCGCCAAAAGAUCACCCGAGUGAUAUCAGAUCCAGCGCUACAGCAACAACAGCAACAGCCAUCAAGUUUGAAUCUUCAGAACGCUCUAAGCACGGCACCACCCAAGCCUCCCAGAGUUCCCUACGUUCCAAAUCAUCAGCCUCAUCACCAUCACCAUCAUCAUCACCACCAUCAUCAUCAUCAGAGCUAUCAGGCCUCCGGCAGUGACAGCGGAAACGGAUCAGGCGACAGUGAAUUCGAGACCAAUAAUUCUGGCGGUGCCAGCAAUCCCUCUGCACCAAUCAAGGGCGUGGUGAUACGCAGCCAUUAUAACACCAGUAACGACGGUAUCAACGGCAACAACAACAGCGAAUAUGAAUUAUCGGCAGAGGAACAGUUGGUGGUGGCCGCACCGUCUCUAGAGAUCACAACAAUGCUCGACAUCGAAGGUUUUACGACACUGCUAUUGCCAGCCGGCGAACAUAGACCUCUGGACCCAACAGCCCUGAGAGGAGUCUCGGGAAUGUUAUUGGAUUCAGCACCAAGGGUGCUCGCCUCUCAUCUCACGAGGCUCGAUCUCGAAGUGGCGCUUCAACCGGGACCGGGAAACAGAAGCGGAUUAAGUGGUAUUGAACUAGCGACUCUUCCCCACGGUAGACAAGCUAGGAUGGACCUAAUAGAAAGAUCCGAAUGUCUGAAACUAUUGGUGGCGGUCACCGUGCUGGCUGGCGCUACAGCUAUAGAGAGAGCGGGUACUAUCAGCAAGUGGAUCAAAGUGGCAAUCGACACUAAAACUGCGCUCGGUAAUCUUUACGGUUUUUGCGGCGUAAUGCUCGGCCUAUGCUUACCGCAAAUUCAGAGACUGGCCAAUACGUGGCACUUAUUACGACAAAAACACACAGACGAAGCUUUUAGCUUCGAAGCGAAACUGAGGCCUACUCUACGCGCUAUGAACGAAUGCACCAAUCCGCAGGCGCCUAAUACAACGUUACCACAUUUGUUACCAAUCGCGCUACUUGGAGAACGAGGUCCUGAAGACGUUUUAGGUACUGUAGCACCCUUUGGGCUCACGGCGGCGGUUCUUUCACCAUGGGAGAAUUCGGCAUCCGAUUGCGGUCUAUCGAUAGUCUGGUCGCAUCUUGAAACGGCUCGUAAGCUGGCCGAUAGUCUGCCGCUUUUUCGCAGGAAUGCGGAAAUCGUUCUGGAGGGUUGCAGGAGCGACGAAUUGUUAUCGGACGCGUUUCGCACCGAAUUUCACAUAAAAUUCUUGUGGGGCAGCCGCGGUGCCACUGUUGCUCCGGAAGAACGUCACUUGAAGUUCAUCCAAGUCUUGGAUGCGAUGUACGACAAGUGUGUGGCGAGCGAAGUGGCCGUUUAAAACACGACCAAAGGAUCUCAAAGAUCUGAAUGGGGAGAGUCUGAAGAUACAUGUCUCUCUAUGUGGGAGCUCAUCUCUUCCCCAAAAUACUUGGUGAUUAUCAUCAUGGACUCUUUUAAAUUUUUAUAGUUACAAAUGCGUCAGCUAACACGAUAACGAGAAAUUAAAACUUACCGCGCGUUUAUAAAAUAACAUCAUCUUAUUAUCACUGUAAUCUCGAAUUGUAGAGCGUAUCCCCGAAAUACCGAAUGUUCUUCCAUCUAAAUCCAAUGCUUAUUCCGAGUCGUGUAAGCAACAGUGCACCCAAAGAAUCGAUCGAGAGGCUCGAGUAAAGCCUACCUGUAUCGUCAACUGUACUUAACUUUAAUUAACAAUGUAAUUCUAUAAUGUUAUAAGUGUUGUUCAUAUUUGUUUAUACUUAAUAUAUAGAUUAAACAAAUAUUGCCCGUGACUUUAUUUCGAUCACAAUUUUCAUUAAGGUUCUCGAGGCAAUAGAUUUAUAAAAUAUUACAUAUAUUUGUAAAUAUUCAAGGAUUUAUUACUUUAAAUUUUAAUUAAAUAAAAAUUAAUAAUUAAUAA